GUCGAAUCAUCACCACCGAUUCAUCUUAUCCACAGAUAGCCGCGCCUCCACUUCUCUACCGCCGAAUCUCUUCAGUCACCCGGCACCCGCGGCAACAUUCAGAGGUAUUUGAGCUGCAUAUUUACUGCAACGGAUACGCCUCCAGCUUACCCACAGAGAGAAAAUGGCAUCCACAGUCACUCUUUCCUUGGUUUCUCUGAUCCAACGUCAAGAUCACAACUUUAUGCCGUCCACCCAAGGCAAAAGGAAUCUACUUCCUUUCAAGUCAUCCUUCUCCGGCGCUGCAUUUAACCCAGCUUCACUUUCUCAAAAGUUUUGUUCUUUAACAAGUUACUCUUCAUAUCCUCAUCCUUUUGCAGUGCAAGCUAAGAAAUCUUCUCCAGCCAAGGCCAUAAAUAAAAGCGCAAAGAGCACACGAUCUCAAAGGCUAGCUCUUGAUUAUUCCCAGAUUCUGAGGUAUCCGAUCGUGUCAGAGGCCGGAAUCAAGAACAUCACGCAGAACAACACAUUGGUGUUUGCCGUAGAGAAGCGUGCCGACAAGAGGCUCAUAAAGGAUGCUGCCACGAACAUAUUCAAGAUUCAGAUCAAGAAGGUUAACACUUGUAUCAUGCCCGAUGGGACCAAGAAAGCCUUCCUUAUGUUGAAAUCGGAUUGUAGUGCAGGAGACGUGGCUAAGAGAAUCAAAGCCAUUUAGUAGCUUCAGCAGGUAUCUGUUAUGUAUACUAAACAUUUAUGUUCAUUUCUUCUUGUAAUGACUUUGUCUAUGCCCCAUUCCUAAAUACACUUUUGGGUGUUGGGUCCCAAAUUGGUUUCCCAUUUUAUUGUAAUUUUAAAAAGUCAAAUGAAUUUGUCAUGCAUUCAUGUCAACAAUGUUCAUAUCUUAAUAUGCAAAAGGGAGAAAGGACAUUCCAUGUUCUUUAGUUCAAUGAGUUAAUGAAGCUUUUGACAAGCU